GGAGGGAAGGCGCCGCCGGCCCCGCGGAGCGCAGCGGGGCGGGCGGGGGUCGCGGCGGGCCCGGGGCGGCCGCGCCCGUUGUGCGGGGCCGCAUUCCCGGGGGAGGGCUCCUCCGGCGCCGCCGCCGCUGCGGAGCCCGCCGGCCUCCUCGCGGUAUAAAAAGUAAAAAUGAGUGAACUGGACCAUGGAGCAUUCUUUACAAUUCAUAGGAUUAAUGAUGCAGGAGAAGGGUUCCAGCCCCUUGACCAUCUCCAUGUCCUUCUCUGGAUCUGCUUUAACAGAAAAUCUGGUGGUUCCUAUGAGAAAUGGUCUUUGCAGCCAGAAGUAUAAACCUGUUGACUACAAACAUCUAUAUGAACUUGCUGCAGUAGAAAAAAUGGCAUCUGCAAAAAUUCAAUUAAAGAUUAAAAAGGCAGAGCAAGUUUCAAAAAUUAACAAAGAGCAAACGCUGCUGAAACAGCACCGGCAAGUGUGGUGGCAAGAGCAUAAAAGACUGAAUGAGAACAGACAAAAAGUGGAAGCAGAAAUAAAGACUUUUCUUGAUGAAGCAAGCCAUAAGCACAACUUUUUUUUACAUAUGAGGGACUUGGAGCAUAAAUUAUCAAAUGAGCGGGAUACAUACCAAACAAAUACUGUAGUUCCAAUCUGGCAACUGAAAGAGAAUUUGAAAUUCAGACUGUCUGAAAUGCAGUGUUGCCUCUCAGAAGAAUCUCGUCUGAAAUCUAAGAUCAGUCCAGUUGAGAUGUUACACCAGAUCCAAUUUGUGAAGAAGCAACAGAAGGCAAUUUUGGAAUUCCUCAUCAUUGAAGGUCUGGCUUCGGAAAGAGAGCUUGAAGAGUAUAAAACAAAAGCAUUAGCACAUUCUUUAGAAGAGAAAAAUGGACUUUUCCUUAAAGUUCCUUCAGCACUACUUUCUUUGGAAUGCCCCUACCCUGAUUUGAAGACCUUAAUUAUCAAUGAAUACCGAAAGCUUGCAAGUGGGUAUUGGUCUAAGCUUCAGGAGAUUGACGAACAGUUAAAUGUUUUAUAUAGGAACAUGGAAUGGAAGGAAGAAGAUCAGUGGGUUUUUCAGACUGUUAUCAAUCAGUAUCCAAGUGAUCUUCAGAGGAGGAGGACUUUGUACCUUGAUGUGCUGCAGAGGUACCUUCCCCACAAAUCUAGGCAUGAUCUGGUUGUUCAUGAGAAAGCUUGGGAUCGUUGCCAUUUCAUUAAGAAUCAGCGCAGAGUCUUGAUGUUAAACUGGGCCCAAGCUAGGAAAGCCUUUUUGAUUAAGGCAGUGAUGACUGUUGCUGAGGCCUCUGCUGCUCAUGAGACAGAAGUAGUGUUGGCUAAUACCAGACAAAAGCAACAGGAGAUUUGUGCUGAUCUGAAAGCAAAGGUUCUACAGUGGAAAGUACAGCAGGAAGAGGCUGCUAAACUAGAAGCUGCUGUAGCUGCCAGAAGAAAAGAGAAGGAAGAUGAGAAAGAAAGGCUGCAGAAAGAGCAGGAAAUGAUUCAUAGAGCUCAGGAGAAAGAGAAAGUAAAAAAGUACUGGGCUGAGAAACAACUCAAGUGGCAAGAACAGGAAGAGAAAGAUCUACGAUGUCUGGAGGAAUUAAGAAAAUUAAUGGCUGAACAAGCCGUUAAAGACAGAGAAAGGGUAAAAUUCAGACAAGCAUUACUAGAAAAACGGUUGCUGGAGAAAAAGGAACUGGCCCUUCAAGAAGCACGUGAAGAAGAGGAAAAAGCGAAAUGCCUUGAAGCACUCCGACAGCAGGUUGCCAUUGUUGCAAAACUGGAUCCAGCUAGAGUCGCGGCAGAUACAGUGGCAUCUAAAGCUCGGAUGGGCAUCGGAACCGAAGAAGAGUUUGAUCUUCAGAAGCCCCUGUUUAAGUUGCACACAUACAGAGACGAGCAGAUAAUUUCUGACCCUAGACUUCGUGUUGAGCUAGCUCUUCGAGAAGCCGGACUUCAUAAAACACUUUAUGCAAGAGAGAUUUUACCAAAAAUUCCUCCAUUGAAGCUUCCAAGAAGAGAGAUGGAAUCUACAGCUUUUAAAAUGUAGAGCGCCUCUCAUAUCAGGAGUAGAGAAGCUUCAAGGCUGUUCGGAAGCAUCACAGCGAGCAGACUUUGGUUCCUUGUCCUGAGCCAGACGAUGAAUUACACGUCUUCCCUUCACUAGCUACUUAAUCAGCUGUUGGAGAGGAGAAUAAAAAUGGUGCCUGGCUUUAUGAGAAUUGAUUUAUGAGAACUAUCUUCACAGUGAGACUGCCACCCCUUUUAGCCUUUCCUUCAGAGGAGCUGCUAAGGACCUAUCCUUUGCUGCUCCGACCUCAUGCCGUCUGCUUCGGAGGCAUUUGAAUCGUGGCCUCUGCUUGGCAGAUGUUGUAAAAGGGUGGGCCAAGCCCUCGCCUCCAAUACCUCCUCUCACUCCGAGGUCUAAAUUUGGCGAGUGCAGCCCACUUCUCUUUCCUGUGUCUACUCUUCGAACAGAAGAGCACAUGUCAAGAGCUGCUCCGAAAUACUCGGGGUGGUUUUCCAGCACAGAGCCUGGCUACGACCUCCGAGCAGAAGGCUGAAAUCUGUCACCGAGCGUGCCUUGCAGGGGUGGUGCAGGCAAGGAGAGCUUUGAGGGAUUCCUCAGCCGCGGCGAGGUGGGAAGUCCUGAAAAAGAUGAGUGAGAGAAGAGGAUGCUGGUGGCCAAGAUGGCUUUGGGAGAUGAGGGCUAGCUCAAUUCGACCCCAGGGCUUCGGACCGCAUGGAGACAGAUCUGGAGGCUGGCUCAAAAAUCUGGAGGCUUCAAAAUGUUGUUUGGUUUUUGUUUGGUUGGUUUUUGUUUGUUUGUUUGUUUGUUUUUUUUUUUCUGUAUUGUGUGAUUGAGCCUUUGAGGUUUACCUCUCAAGCGCCUGCCUGUGACUGGAAGGAUCAGAAGCCUCUCUUCUUGUUCUUCACAACCCCCAGGGUGUCCAGGACCUGUGGCUUUGUUGUGACCCCAAACCAGAGCCGGGAUGAGCUGGUGAGCAGUGGCCAGGAGCCACCACUGUCCCUCGGCCCUCGGCAGUGCCUUUCAAAGCUUGGCAGUUAUAGUAACAAACCAUAAAUCGGGAGCAGGAAGAAGAGACUCUUUGGUAACGUCUGAUGUUGCUUUAGGCUUUUUCAAGAGGGAUGUGGCCGUGCCGGUGGGCUCGGUGCCCGUGGCAGCGGGUGCGGGAGGCCCUGCGAGGGCAGGCGUUAUUUGGGGGGAACGCCAGUGGGCUUCUCCUCUCCCUCCCAGAGCCGCGAGGGCGCCCGGGGUCCCAUCCCUGCCGCGGGGUGUGCCGGUGCCGGCGGUGCUCCCCCGUCACCGUGCAGCCAGGGUGACGUCCGCUUGCUGGCACGGACCCGAAGCGAGCGCGGAGAAGGGUUUGGGGAGCCUUCAGCCGGGUUUGGCAACGGGACAUUAAUAACAUGUGUUACAAGCCCUGGAACUUAAAUAUUUUGCUGCUAUAAAUGUUAGCAACGAGAGAUCUCGUUACAUUUAAAUGCCAGAUGACAGAAGCAGAGGCCAAAAAAAGCACCCUCCCCAGCCAGGCGGGAAGAGAAGGGGGCGGCUGGGCCAGCGGGGCCGUCGGGACGCGAGGCCGGCCCUGGGCACACGGGGACACCCACGCCAGGCAGGAGCGGGCAGGGGGACGGCCCGGCUGCGGGGAGGAAGGGGCCGGGGCCUCGCUCAGCAAAACCCUGCUGAGCGUGGCACCAAGCGUGGCACCGAGUGUGGCACUGAGCGUGGCACCGAGUGUGGCACCGAGUGUGACACUGAGUGUGGCACUCACUGUGGCACUGAGCAUGGCACUCAGUGUGGCACUGAGCGUGGCACCCACUGUGGCACUGAGCGUGGCACUCAGUGUGGCAGCGAGUGUGGCACCAAGCGUGGCACUGAGCGUGGCACUGAGUGUGGCACCAAGCAUGGCACCGAGUGUGGCACUGAGUGUGUCACCAAGCGUGCACUGAGUGUGGCACCAAGCGCAGCACUGAGGGUGGCGCUGAGUGGGACACUGAGCAUGGCACCGAGCGUGGCAUGGGGUGGAGGUGUGCCAGCACCCAGUGCCAGCACCCAGUGCCCAGCACCCAGUGCCCAGUGCCCAGCACCCAGCACCCAGUGCCAGCACCCUGUGCCCAGCACCCAGUGCCAGCACCCAGUGCCCAGCGCCCAGCACCCAGUGCCAGCACCCAGUGCCCAGCACCCAGCACCCAGUGCCCAGCACCCUGUGC